CCGAGGCACCGAGGCUCUUCACUGGCGCUAGAUCUCCCACUAUUGGCGCCGGAUCUCCGAUCAAGAGGUGGCCGGAAGGCCGCCCAUGGCUGAUGCUUCGGAGUGGACUGCGGGAAUCUUGUGAUACGAUCUCUAGGGCUCAGAGAGUUCAGUGAUGGCAGCUGGGUUCGGCGACGGAGGGAGCUGGACGGAUGGGCUGUCGGAGGACAACGUGAAGGGGCUGGUGCUCGCCCUCUCCUCCAGCCUUUUCAUUGGCGCUAGCUUCAUUGUCAAGAAGAAGGGUUUGAAGAAGGCUGGUGCCUCUGGUGUUCGGGCAGGAGCUGGAGGUUAUUCUUACUUAUAUGAGCCACUUUGGUGGGCAGGCAUGAUAACAAUGAUUGGGGGGGAAGUUGCAAACUUUGCAGCCUAUGCAUUUGCUCCUGCCAUUUUGGUUACUCCUCUUGGUGCGCUUAGCAUAAUUAUCAGUGCAGUGCUUGCACAUAUUAUUUUACGGGAAAGGUUACAUAUUUUUGGUAUUCUUGGUUGUGUCCUCUGUGUUGUGGGGUCAACAACGAUUGUUCUGCAUGCACCUCAAGAGCGUGAGAUUGAAUCUGUUGCAGAAGUAUGGGAUCUUGCUACUGAACCAGCUUUCCUUUUCUAUACAGCUAUAGUAAUGAUCACAGUUUUCAUACUUAUAUACCAUUUUAUCCCUCGGUAUGGUCAGACACAUAUCAUGGUCUACAUUGGUGUUUGCUCUCUUGUUGGUUCUUUAUCUGUCAUGAGUGUUCAAGCUCUUGGUAUUGCCUUAAAGUUGACGUUUUCAGGAAUGAAUCAGUUAAUAUAUCCACAAACUUGGGCUUUCACUAUGAUUGUAAUCACUUGUGUGGUUACCCAAAUUAACUACUUAAACAAGGCUCUUGACACAUUCAAUACAGCAGUUGUAUCACCUAUCUAUUAUGUCAUGUUCACCUCAUUAACCAUUUUGGCUAGUGUGAUCAUGUUCAAGGAUUGGGACAGGCAAAAUCCAACACAAAUCGUAACAGAGAUGUGUGGCUUUGUGACGAUACUGGCCGGGACUUUUCUUCUUCACAAAACUAAGGACAUGGUGGACGGCUCUGUUCACUCGCUGUCCGUGGGCCUGCCAAAGUAUGCCGAUGAGGAUGGCUUUUCCUCCGAAGGAAUUCCUCUGAGACAUCAUGAAUCGUUCCGGUCACCAUGAUAUUCUAUUUCUUACAAUCAACUCUCAAACAUUACUUACAAUGGGAGCUCUCAGGUUUGUUCAGUUAAUACUAGAAUGCGAGAGCCGCCUUCAUCAUCUUGGAUGGUACCAGAAUGGUGGCAUUUUUGAUCUACCUCCAUUGUUGAAGAGCUGAACAAACCACAUUUAUUUUUGUAUUCACUUUGAGUUUUAGCUUCAGCUCCUUUGAAUUUUUCUUCAUGAUUUGAUGUUGUAAAGCAAUGGUGAGGGGAAUUUAUUCAAACUAUACUUUGGAUUAGCUUAAAAACAAAGGAAAGCAUGAGUAGUGAUGUGAACAUUAAUUGUAUUUAGGCAGUCUUUUUAAAGAGGUCUUCACUUGUUUUUA